GCCUGUCUACGUCCAACCGUCCGCCAGCGUGACCCCAUCUAGUCGCUCAGUUGCCCUUCCAAGCCUCCUAACCCUCACCUGAGUCGUUCAUUCAAUUUCAUACGUAGUGUUAGUGUGCUUGGGACUUGCUGCUGAGGCUUCUCUUGCCAUAUUUCCCGGCUUCCGUCGCUCUCUUUUACAUCAACAGCCACCAAACACACCAACGCGAACAACCACAGCACAACCCGAUCCGCCAGGUGCCGGCUUCCCACCGCCAACCCGACUCCAUACGAACUCGGUCGCUCGUUGAUUCUUCGUCGAUUCGCAUGGUCAAUUGAAUCAAUACAACCAUCAUCGACUACCCUCGUUUGGCCUUCACCACAUCGCACCCAUCUUCUCCGUAGUUACCUCGACUGACGAUACCCCGACCGACCUGUCUCUUUGUGCUUUCCGAGUCGAAAGUGCCCGCUCGCUCGCUUGUUAGAAUAGCGUUUAUUGUACACUAAAGGAGUCAGCCGCCAGCAUCAUGGUGAGGCUACCGACGGCGUUACUAGCCGCGUGCGGUCUUCUCGCCGGUAGAGCCCUUGGUGCUCUCGAUGUUGAUCUCGAUGACCCUGAAUCUAUAAAGAAAGCAGCCGCCCUCGUCGCUGAAGACCUCCUCAGUUUCUACCGCGGCGAUGAACCCGGCUGGGUUCCAGGUAUCUUGCCUGGCCCUCCCCCGGAUGGCGACUAUUACUGGUGGCAAGGUGGUGCUAUGUGGGGAACGUUGUUGGAUUAUCGAAAUGUGAUGAAGGACGACACAUAUGAUGAUACUAUUUUCACAGCGUUGCAAUUCCAGGUCGGAGACGAGAAAGAUUACAACCCAGCCAACUGGUCUGCUUCGAUGGGUAACGAUGAUCAGGCCUUCUGGGCUUUUGCCGCUCUCAUUGCUGCCGAAACAGGAUUCAGAGAUCCCGCCCCCGAACAGCCACAAUGGUUGGCGCUAGCUCAGGCCGUCUUCAACGAGCAGACCAACAUAGACAGACGUGUUGAAGGUGGAAACUGCGACUGGGGUCUACGUUGGCAGGUGUAUAGAACCAACAAUGGGUUUGACUACAUCAAUACUGUUGCUAAUGCCUGUUACUUCAAUAUCGGUGCCCGACUUCACCGUUAUACAGACAACUCCACCUAUGGUGAACUUGCCGAGAAAACCUGGGACCUGAUGUGGCGACUAGGUUACAUCACCGAGGACUACGACGUUUACGAUGGUGCUCAUCUGCCUGAUUGCAAGGGAAUCAAUAAGGCUCAGUUUUCUUACAAUGCUGCCAUGCUGUUGCAGGGAAGUGCAUUUAUGUAUAAUGCGACAGAGAGUGAUGAGUGGAAGGAACGUGUAGAAGGCAUGACUAAGGGUAUAAUUCGGGUCUUUUUCGCUAAAGAUGGGAUUGCCUACGAGCCUUCGUGUGAACCACCCCCGGGUUCCUGCAACGCUGAUAUGGAGUCUUAUAGAGGUUAUAUGCACCGCUGGAUGGCAAACACGAUCCAGAUGGCGCCUUUCCUAAGAGACACAAUCCUACCUGUUCUCAAAACAUCGGCUGCCGCCGGUGUGAAGCAAUGUACAGGUGGAGAUAAUGGACGCAUGUGUGGUUUCCACUGGACCACCGGUCAAUAUGAUGGUCAGCUUAGUGCUAGUUUGGAGAUGAACGUCCUCGGUGCCUUGACAGCAUUAAUGAUGCCUGACGUCGCACCUCCGCUCACCAAUACCACGGGUGGCACGUCCAAAGGUGAUCCUGAUGCUGGCCAAACGAAGACAGAACUGCCGACGUUUAGCCCCAUCACAACUGGUGACAAGGCCGGCGCGAGCAUUCUCACUAUUCUCAUUAUCACGGGUGCUCUUUCAGCCUUUGCAUGGAUGAGUCUGGACUAAGCCCUUCAGACAGUUAAUAAAUAAACCAUUUCGGCCAAAUCAACCACAUACGCCAACGCAACUCACUUUCAUCCAUGUCUCAGGGAAGAGAAGGGUUAUUUAAGCCUGAGCUUUCUCGUAUACUCUAUCUUCAGCACUCAGCCACUUGACUUGGCCGAGGAAGAGAGAGACUUGGAUGCGCUUGUGUACAUGGUUAUUUAAAGGUCUCAUCUAAGCUGGCUACGACUGGGAAAUAAGGAAACUAUAGGAGCAUAUGGCGUUUUAUGAUGAGAUUAAGACCUGCCUUUCACUAUUGCUUGUACAACUACCAGUCAACCAGCAUCAUCACUCAAAUUUCAUAGACGCAGCUGGAUACGAAAGGAAGUGUAUAACAAGCAUAUACGUUAACUUGGACUUUUGGGAGGGUCUAGUGCUUGCUUUAUUCUAUUUCUUUUUUGCCUCUUAAUUUCUGAUUCAAAACUUUCUGAACGACAUUUUGGAGCGGGUGAUGCUCAUCUAUCUAUGUGUAUGUGCCUACUUGUGGUAUAUCAUUGAUGAGCGAAGUAUGUAUAGGUACCUGUCGGGUUUACAGACUGUUUUUGAGUAUAUAGGGUUGACUGUGAAGUGGGAGGUGUAUAUAGAAAUCUUAUAUUUUAAAAUGAAAAUAUGUGCGAGAAUAU